AUGGCAAAAGUGUUACGCGCCCGUGAGACGGGCGAAAUGGCUAAGCAGUGCAUGUCAGUUCGAUACAAACUUAAUGACAGCUCGGAUGUUAGCUGCGAGCGUAGCUUAAAAAAGCGCCGCGUCUCGCCCCUCUGCGCCUCGCUGAUGCCUAAUAUUCCGUUCUGCGCACCAGAACAUACGAUGUUCAGCCCUGUUGAAAAACUCCAA